AUGCCAUUACACUGGGCGGAGACAGCAGCGUGGGGAGCAAGAUGCCAUCUUAUACAGCUCCGAUACCUCAGCUCGGGAAAACCCGACUUACCGCAAGACACACGCGGCAGCCAUCUGCACAACUGCCACCCUUGCACUAGGGUAGCCCCAGCUGUCCGGUAAAUUACAUUUUUAUUUACCACGAGUACUAAAACGCGGUGCCGAGGAUCACAGGCCAACCGCGUGGACAUCCUGCGGCGGCCGGAGAAUGGAUUUGGAACACCACUGACUUUGACACAGCCUGAACACAUCCAGGCACAGAUGAAGCACCUACUGACACACCAAUGGGACACAAAUCCCACAGGAACAAUCAAGAUAUCAGCCUGAUGCUGGCCUCCACUUCACAACCUCGGAAAUCACCACCCCCUCAGCCUCAAACACCCCACGACCUUUAAUGUCGGGGAAGCUCCUGUGGCAGAAGCCACAGCAGUGAAUGGGGCCACAACACCAGCUACUAAACAGGACAUUCAUAACCUAUUUGCACACUUUAAAGAUCUGUUUACAGCCGAAUUAAACCUGGUGAAAAUAGAGAUGCAGGCCAUAAUUAACAGGCACCAGGCCUCAGAAGAGCACAAGAUUAACCUGAAACAAGACAUGCAAGCCCAAGCUGAAUCGCUGCAGCACCUGCAAACCUUGCACUCUCAACUAACCACUAGAGUGGAUCUUCUGGAAGAUAGGGGUUGGCAAAAGAACGUCAAUAUCAGUGGAGUGGCAGAUUCUAUUCCCACAGAUGAGCUCCCUCAAUUUAUCAGAUGCCUCAUUGCCACAGUCCUACCAGCCAAAUUCGCCAAGCAAUUUGUGUAUGAUUGGCUGUGUCAGAUCUCCAAAUCCUCCGAGGCACCUAACAACGACCCAAGGGACAUUAUCAUCUGCUACCUGACCUAUGCGGAAAAACACUGGCUACUGUACGUACUACGAGGGAAAAUCCCCACUCCAAUUCGAAUCCCAUACGAUUACCUUCUUUCAAGAUCUGAUCAAAGCGACACUCUUAUGGAGGAAAUUGAUUAA